GGAGGGAAGAAAACGGCCAUAGGCCCACCACGAGGGGCCCGCGCGCUAACGGGAGACCGAGAGAACCCACAGGCCACAACGGCAUCGGCAACGAGGCAGCCCAGCCCCAGAAGCCGCCCCGAGCCCCGCAGAUUACCGGCGGUCGGCGCAAGUCUGAACUCCCCCACCCAAUCUCCGCCACGGCCGACGGGAGAGGGCAGGGACGGAGAGAAAGAGAUGGGCGUGGGGGGCAGCUUCUGGGACCUGCUGAAGCCCUGCGCGCGGCACGAGGGCGCGGGGUACCUACGCGGGCGCCGCGUCGCCGUCGACCUCUCCUUCUGGGUCGUCUCCCACACCACCGCCAUCCGGGCGCGCUUGCCGCGGGCACGGAGCCCGCACCUCCGGACCACCUUCUUCCGCACCCUCUCCCUCUUCGCCAAGAUGGGCGCGUUCCCUGUGUUCGUGGUGGACGGCGAGCCGUCGCCGCUCAAGUCGCAGGCGAGGGCGGCCCGCUUCUUCCGAGGCUCCGGGAUGGACCUGGCCGCGUUGCCGGUCACUGAGGCAGAGUCCAGUGCGGCCGCGGCACCGGUCAAAAAGAGGAAUGCUGCAUUCACGCGAGCCGUUGAGGAGUGCGUGGAACUGCUUGAAUAUCUUGGAAUGCCUGUAUUGAGGGCAAACGGUGAAGCUGAAGCCCUUUGCGCUCAGCUGAAUAGUGAAGGUCAUGUAGAUGCUUGCAUCACUGCAGACAGUGAUGCUUUCCUCUAUGGGGCUAAGACCGUCGUAAAGGUCCUCAGAUCGAAUUGCAAGGAACCAUUUGAGUGCUACCACAUAGCAGACAUUGAGUCUGGUCUUGGAUUAAAGAGGAAGCAAAUGGUGGCCAUGGCGCUCCUUAUUGGCAGUGAUCAUGAUUUGCAUGGGGUGCCUGGUUUUGGCCUGGAGACUGCACUUCGUUUUGUGCAGUUAUUUGAUGAGGAUGAAAUUUUAGAUAAGUUACAUGAAAUUGGUAGAGGGGUGUAUCCAUUCGUAGAAGGAUUUGACAAUGCACAUAUUGAUGAUCUCCCAUCAUCGUCCACAAAAAGCCCAGUUGUUAAAUUGCCGCACUGCUCACAAUGUGGCCACCCAGGCAGCAAGAAAAAUCAUAGCAAGGAUGGCUGCAAUUAUUGUUUGGUGGAUUCAUUAGAGAAUUGCAUGGAAAAACCAACUGGAUUCAAAUGUGAAUGUCCUAGUUGUGACGAGGCACGUGAGCUAAAGGAACAAAGACGACAUGAAAAUUGGCAAAUCAAGGUCUGCAAGAGAAUAGCUGCUGAGACAAAUUUUCCUAACGACGAGAUCAUUAAAUUGUAUCUAAGUGAUAACAAUCUGGUUGAAGAAAAGGGUGUUCCCUUGCUUACUUGGAAUAAACCUGAUGUUGAAGCUUUGGUAGACUUAUUAAGUUACAAGCAGAAUUGGGAGCCAUCUUAUAUUCGCCAAAGCAUGCUCCCUAUGUUAUCAACCAUAUACUUAAGAGAGGUUGCAUCAUCUCCAUCUACACCAUUGCUCCUUUGUGACCAAUAUGAAUUUGAUUCAAUUCAACGGAUUAAGAUAAAGCACGGUCACCCGUAUUACUUGGUAAAAUGGAAGAGAGCUACCCGUGGUAUGAAUUCUAUUAUGUCUAGCAACAAGCCAGUAAUGGAGGGAGAGACAAGUAGCGAGGUAGUGUUGUUGGAUGAAGACGACGAUUUGGAUGCAGUGGUUUGCGAGUCUCCUGAGUUAUUAGACGAACCUGAUGUUCCACAAGUGCUUAUUGAUGAUGGCUGCUGCUUUGUAUUGACGGAUGAAGACAUUCAACUUGUUGGUGCUGCUUUUCCUAAGGAAACAGCAAGGUUUCAGGAAGAACAGAGGCUGAAAGAAGCACGAUCAAGAUCACGGAAAUCCAAAUCAAGCUUAGCAGACAGUGCGUGCAAGACACCUGAAGGCCCGAGACCUAGCGGGGUGCAGCUUAGCAUCACAGAGUUCUACCGCUCGAAGAAAGCGCAGAACGUAGAAUCUGGGAAGAAGCCGGCGGGAGAAGGGCACGCCGCGAGGGGAGGCUCGAGAAAAUCGUCCGACAGGGACCUCGACAAGAGCCUGCCGAAGUCUGUUCGGCGCCGCCUCCUCUUCGAUUGCUGAGGACUAGGUAGCCUGGCUUUUUUUUGGUGAGCACUGCACUGUAAUCUUGGUGCCACUGCUGUAGAUGACCUAGGGAAUGCCUUAACCUAUUUUAGCCGGUGUAGAUUGCGCGCGGCCCAUUUUGUACAGGGAACAGAGCAUCGUCUUUGUCUAAGAGGAAAUGAAGCAGGUCUUAGUUCGGAAUGGUCAUCUGAACCUCAUCUUUGUCUAAGUGCUUGGGAACUCAGCUUCGAUUCUAGGAAUGGGAUGCGUGCCGCUGCUAGAGCAAUAGCUUUUUUGUUUUAUGUCUGCUUUUGUGCCGGACAAUAGCUGACAGAAUUGAUGUGAUACUACAGUAUGCACAACUUUUACUCCCUUAGUUCCAAAUUUAGUUUCAAAAAUUAUGAGAUGGUCUGGUUGUUUUGAUUU